ACAUUUUUAUGGAGCAUGUGAAGAGAAAAGUUUGCCAUGCCACACUUGAUUUGCAGGUGAAAAGUAAUUUAACACAGACUCUAGAAGCUACCACCAAUCUUUCAUCUGAACUUUCAGCUAAUACAACUAUGAUAUAUCACUAUGGGAAGCUUUUGGCUCUUUAUGAGGGGGAUAAACCAUAUGUAGUUAAAGUUCUGGAGGAUGGAGAUUUGCAAACGCUUGGCAUGCUGGGUUACGAUAAAAGGUUGCAACAUUCCUUCACUGCUUACCCGAAGGUUGACCCUGUAACUAGGGAGAUGUUUACUUUUGGCUACUCACAGACACCACCUUACGCUACGUAUAGAGUCAUUUCCAAGGAUGGUGUCAUGCAAGAUCCAGUUACAAUAACAAUACCAGCAUCUGUUAUGAUGCACGAUUUUGCUAUUACUAAAAAUUAUGCAAUUAUGAUGGAUCUUCUAUUGAAUUCAGACCAAAGUCCAGUACUCAUCAGAUCAACUUUGAGAUGUGCUAUCCAUAUGAAUAAGGAAGUUAACUACAUGUUAGCUGCGAGUUUACACUUGAUGCCUUUACAGAUGAAUGACAGUGAUAGUUUGCACUUCUCAGAUCGUCUUGUUAGACAUAAUGACUGUCAUACCCCAUUUUACAUGAGGUCAAAAUCGCAGGUUGUGGAUAGCAACCAGAUAAAGGGAAAAGGAUUAAAGGGUCUUGGACCAGAUCGCUCUGUUGGGUAUGCGAUGAGGUUCAAUAUAAAGAAUGGUCUAGCAUCACAGAAAAAAAUGUCAGAGUCAGCUGUUGAUUUCCCACGGGUCAAUGAGAACUAUACUGGAAAGUAA